CGAAGCGAGCGUGAGUCGUGAAGCGUGCCGAGUGCACACAACGCGAGUGAGCGAGCAAGCGUGCUAGUAUAGUGCAGCGCGAGAGUGCGUUUUGCUAAGGCUCUUACACAACGCAGCAUCCCCCGCGAUACGAUACGAUACGACGCAACGCGACGUGACCGCGAGACCGCCACCGACCGCCGCUGCCGCCACGCCACGACGCGCGCAACCAGCCGGCGACGCGAAGAGGAUUGCGAUAUCACCCUUUGUCUCCGCGUAGCGAAGAAAGUGCGGACACCGCACGGCGAGUAUUUUUUUCCCCCCGUGUGAGUGAAACAGGACAAUAAAUAUGUCGGACGACAAUGCUGCUGUGGUAGAAGAACAGAAAAAGAAGCGGGGUAGACCUUCUAAGGCAGAUAAAAACGCUGCUAAGGAGCCCAAAAAGAGGGGAAGGCCCUCUGUGGAGAAAAAUAACUCUGUACGUCCAGCAAAAUCUGAUAAUGAGGAUGAUGCGCCACCUGGACCUGUCAAAAAGGGAAGAGGUCGACCCAAAGGUUCACACAAGAAGAAGCAAGGACCACCAAAAGGCACGACUACUGCGUCACGCGGUCGCGGUAGACCGAAAAAGGCAGAAGAGAAACCAGAAAUAACUGGUGAGGAUGAGGACGAGCAGGAAGAGGAGGAGGAAGAGGAAGAGAACUGAAGUAUUUGAGAAAUUAGGAGAGGACAAAACUAACACAGCUGAAUUAUCCUUCGAAAGUUUUUAAAUGAAAUCAAUUUUUAAUCAAAGAUCAUGUUUUUUCCAAGUUUGCUUUCUGCAUUUUAACCCAGAGACUUUUGAAGUGAUGGAUAUUGUUUUCACCAAUUAUUGGAGUUUCCUAGAAAUUCUAGUUCGCGGUGUACAUUGCCAUACGCUGACAAAUUAAAAAAAAUUGCUGGAUACAAAAGUUGUGUUACGAAUUUAAGUUCUUUUUACAUUUACUUCACAUUGCUACUAUUAAUAAUAAUGAAAUCAUACUUUUAACUGCUAAGACUACAUAAGCGUAACUUUCUUCAACAGUAAGACUGGAAUAAGAUUGCAGAUCUCAAAACUUUUUAAUUUACACGAGAAGUGAGAUGUUUGAUAAACUUUUUCUUAAAAAAAAGAAAAAAAUAAGAAAAUUGUAUCUUACACAGUAUAGAGUAUUGUGUCACAUAUUUGCUACCUCCUUUUCUCCUACGUAUUACCUGUGUAUUACAAUUCAUGAAGCCAAAAAAAAAAAAGAACUUCAUACUGAUCUAAUAUUGUAAGAGAUAGAAAAAGGUACACGAAAAAAAAUACUUCUUGUAUGUAACAUAUGCAGGAAAUAUUCUUUUCUAAUAAUAACACUAUAAAUCACAUUCUUAUGAGUGUAUAUUACUGUCGUUUUUGAGGCAAGCAUAUGUGUGAAUGUCAAAUUUGUAUUAAAGUAAAUAAACUCAAAGUACUCUUAUUAA